CCUCCAACGUAACACCGGCCCUAAAACCGUGAGGUGGGAAGCGCUUCUCUCACUCCUUACUUCCGCUUCCUUCAAGUAAGGAGUCGGUCGCUGCCUAUCCCCUUUUUCUCAGCCAGGCGACGGAGACUUAGGCUUGAGAUGUUUGGCCUCAAGAGAAACGCAGUAAUUGGACUCAACCUCUACUGUGGGGGGGCCAGGUUAGGGGCUGGCAGCGGCGGCACCGCCUCCCCUCCGGGAGAGCGGCAUCUGGCCGCGGGGAAGGAGGCCACGGCGCGGCGAGAGGCAGGGGGAGGGGAAGCGGGAGCGGUGAUUGGCGGAAGCACCGGCGUGAGCCCCCCGGCCACACUGGCGCCCGACCCCCGGAGGGUCGCGCGGCCCUCGCCCAUUGGCGCCGAGGGCCCUAGCGUCACCGCGACCCCCGUGAGGCGGCUGUUCGCGCCUGCCCGCCGCGCUGCGCUGCCUGAAGAAAUGGAAGCCCCGGCCGCCGACGCCAUCAUGUCGCCCGAAGAGGAGCUGGACGGGUACGAGCCGGAGCCUCUCGGGAAGCGGCCGGCUGUCCUGCCCUUGCUGGAGCUGGUCGAGGAGGCCAGUAAUGGCUCCGUUACGGGUGGCUCACUGCCCUCCACGCCGCCCCCAACAGAGGAGGAGGAGGAGGACGAGUUGUACCGGCAGUCGCUGGAGAUUAUCUCUCGGUACCUUAGGGAACAGGCCACUGGCGCCAAGGACGCGAAGCCAAUGGGCGGGUCUGCGGCCGUCAGCCGGAAGGCGUUGGAGACCCUUCGGCGGGUCGGGGACGGUGUGCAGCGUAACCACGAGACGGCCUUCCAAGGUAUGCUUCGGAAACUGGACAUCAAAAAUGAAGACGACGUCAAAUCUUUGUCUCGAGUGAUGGUUCAUGUUUUUAGUGACGGAGUAACAAACUGGGGCAGGAUUGUGACUCUCGUUUCUUUUGGUGCCUUUGUGGCUAAACACUUGAAGAGUAUAAACCAAGAAAGCUGCAUUGAACCAUUAGCAGAAAGCAUCACAGAUGUUCUCGUAAGGACAAAACGAGACUGGCUAGUCAAACAAAGAGGCUGGGAUGGGUUUGUGGAGUUCUUCCACGUAGAGGACCUAGAAGGCGGCAUCAGAAAUGUGCUGCUGGCUUUUGCAGGUGUUGCUGGAGUAGGAGCUGGUUUGGCAUAUCUAAUAAGAUAGCCUUAUAAGUGAAGUAAUUGACUCUUUACUGACUCCAGGCACCAAAUCCACAUCCGUGUGCUAUGAAGUCAAUGUAUUUAUGAAGUUGGACUCCACGCAAUGUACAACAGCAAGUGGCAAGAGGAUUAUGGCCAACAAGAAUAAAUAAUGGGGGGGAAGUUGUCCCCCUCAAAGAGUCUCUGUCUGAAAGAAGCAAAGUUCAGUUUCAGCAAGAGGCAAACUGGGGAGGCCACGGAGGAGGACUUUUAGAUGUAGUGAAGAUGGUAGUGUGGAGAGACUUGAUAUCCUUGUCUAGAAGAGAGUGGCCAGUAGCCAGGCUAGUCAUAUAGAGUUCAUUAAAUAGACCCAGUGAAUUCAUUAACUUUCUGUUGUGUUAAAAGAGAAGCACUAACAAUGUCAGUGAACUGUGUAAAGUGGAUUUAAGCUACAACAGAACUAUGACUAGAAGCCUCGAUACUGUCCAACAGAGUGUGAAGGAAAGCUUUUUCCUCUCUAGAAUUAGCUUUCCCAGGUAUGCUUCUUGAAGACUAUCCAAGUGCUCAGGUCUUACACCUGUUCUACUUUGGCUUCGUUUGAGUUUAUUAGCCUUGUGAUGUCCAAGAAUACUUGACUUAAGGCUCAAUAACUGCAGUUACAGUGUGAAAUGUCCUCAAUUUUUUAAAGAUAAAACCAACUUGUAAAUGUAUUUGUCUGUAAAAAUUGUAUAUAUUUUUACAGAAAGUCUAUUUCUUUGAAAUGUAAAGGCCAGGCGUCUUGAAUUUCAUUAGUUUUUUCGUAUCCUUUUGAAUUCUGUAGUUAUGAAUCUAUUUCUUACAACUUUUCUAUUCUAAACUUUGUCCUGUUCAAUUCUAGAUUGUAUACAUAACCAAUCGAUGUAAUUGUAUUCAAUCUGGUUGUAAUGGAACAAUUCUGACUCACAACUAUACAGGCUUUUAAUUUUCCUGUCUGAUUUUGGUAAGUAUUCCUUUUAGGGCUUUGCUAUUUUUUUUUAAACCUGAGUUGAAAAAAUGAGAAAUAGAAAUCCUUUCACUUUGUUACAUAUAGAUUUUCAAUAAUUGAGUCAGAAGGUGUGGUUUUUUUAAGGGGCAGGGGCAGGCCAAUGAUUUAUAAAUAAUGAGCUCUGAUUGGGCAACAACUUGUUCAAGUUCCUUCUGUUUGACCUAGCUGGUGAAAUUUGUGUUCAUGAGCUCAUCUGCAAAGCUUUUAAAAAGAUAUUCAGCUGUUCCAAAUUGGACUUGAUAGCAGUAUGUGUAUAAAAAGACCACAUCAGGUGGAUGAGAGACAUUUGAUCCCUUGUUUGCUUAACAAGUUGUAAAAUGAUGGCUUGGAAAAGCAGGCUAUAGUAUAACCAUGGUGCUAUUUUAGGCUGGCUUGUUAAAUGCAAGUCUAAGCCUAGUAUGUCAAUAAAGCAAAUACUUAAUUUCUAAGUGAUUCCCAAACUUUGUUUUAAAUUUUUGCAUUGGCAUCUCUUUGGAUUUAAGACUCAUUCUAUUGAACUUAACAUUUGUUUCUUAUUUUUCCUUUGAAAUAUUUGCUGCUUGUUCUGCUCCCUCUACAGAUAUUUAAAUCAAUUCUUACAUCUUUCACCCUGCCAUCCCUGAACUCUAGCUUAUGUAAUUUUGGGCACUAGGAAACUAAGUAACCCCCCCCUCCCCUACAGGAAUCCACAGACCUUCAUCCUUCAUGAGUUUUAUCCUUGGUAGUACAGUAGAUUCUGUAGCAGUAACAGUCAUAGUCAUGAGGUGGGAGGAGUCCUUUUUUCUUGGACUUGUUUCUUUUUUUACCUUUUGAGGAGAAGUUUCAAAAGUCCCCUUAAGAAUUUCCAGAGGAGGGGAGAAUAUCUUAUGUGACUUUGUCUGGAUUCCUUUGAAUUUGCGUAUGCUUGCUUAAAAUUACAGAAAUAAGUACAGAGUGCUAUAAAGACUACUGGUUAAACUGAGAAAAAAAGGUUGUCAUUUGAAAGCUUCAGCCUUAGAACAUGACCUUUAGUCUGUGGACUCCAGAUAAAAAUAGGCAUGAAUAAAAUGACUAAGAAUGUAAUAGGGAAGAAUGCCUUGCCUGCCCAUCUCCGAGCCAUAAGGUCACGUAGCUAGAGCUAUUUUUGCCUAUGUAUUUAUCGUUCUUGAUCAUAAACCAGUUAUUUAUAUCAUGUCUGUCUCUAGGGACCUAAAAGCACUUUAUGUAGUUUUUCAUUAAUCUUGAGAUCUGAUUCAGAUGACUGAAAAGCCCGUCUCCCCAUAUCCAGUUGUGGAAAUAAGUGCAUAGAUAUAAGUUGGUGGCAUUUAGGGGCCCCACUUCCCAAUUUACUGGGUGUGACUGCUGAAAUGAUGAGGAUCUUAGUUAAAUACUUUGGGGAAGGGUGGAUGGUUUUGUAGGGAGAGGAGGCACUUUCUCAGUGCUGACUAGCUACAUACUUCAGGCAGAUCCUCCCAAAUGGAAAAAGGAGGAGCUGCUUGGAAAGAUGGCUGUCUCAGCAACUUCUGUCUUAUGCUUCUCUCAGGGAAAAACCUUCAGUCCUCUAGUGUUGUCCAUGUAACAUUCAGUCGGGUUAACACCUUGAUUCUGGUUAAACAGCCAACACUGUUGACAGCUGUACCAGUUAGGAUUAGGACCAACUACAAAUUAAAUGUGGGCUGUAAAAUGUAGUGUUUCCCUAACUUCCUGUUUUUCCUGAGAAGAAAAUAAUAAAUCUUUUAUUCAAAUACAA